UUCGCCGUAAUGUCUAUUCCUAUUGUCUAUACUCUAUAUUUAUAACCAAUAGCACGGUAUUGGUGAACAAUAUUUUUCUUUAAAGUAUUGUUCAAUUUUGUAGCAUAAUCAACACUUACGGUUUAAAUUGCUAUCACAAUAAUGUAUUCUGUUUCAAGGACUAGCCAAGUUAUUAAAUGUAUUUCUCCUACAAUUAGACCUUUGGUAAUUCGUUGCAUAACAAACAAAAUAGAAGAUGUGGGUACGCACACAGGGCAGAAAUGGGAUUCUGAUGACUAUCGACUUGCCAGAUUUGCAUUGGCUCCAAAACAAGUAAACCAAAAUUGGGCUAUUAACUUAAUAGCUGAAGUUCCACCAAAAGAAGUAACGGAGCGAGUGGUAUGGUGUGAUGGUGGAAGUGGGCCAGAAGGUCAUCCGAGAGUUUACAUUAAUGUGGACAAACCUGGCGAUCAUUCCUGUGGAUACUGUGGGUUGAGAUUUGUUAAGAAGGAUCAUCACUAAAAAUGCUACCAAUUCUUAAAUAUUUUUGUCUAAAUAGAAAUUGUAGUAUCUGACUUUAAUUAACUGAUUGUAAUAAAAUUAUUAAAAAAUAUAUAAA